CGCCUUUCGCCCUCCCUGCCCUGGAAUGGCGGGCUCCCAGCUGCCCUCGCCACUUCUGCCGCUGUCUCUGGUGCUGCUGCUGGGGAAUCCCUCCCUUGCCCCUGUCGCCUCUAGAGACUCCAACGUCCAGGUCCGCACCCCUAUUUCAAACCCCGACUCCUCAAAUUCAGGGGCAACCCCCACCAGCUCCACAAAUCUAGGGUUGGAGCCCAUCUCCUCCCCACAACCAGAAACGGCCACCCACCCCAGUUCUGGCUCCCCGGGUUCAGAGCUUACCCCUACCUCCCACUCGAGCCCCCCAAGCUCCCCCACCUUGACCUUGCAUUGGAGCUCCACUUCUCCCAGCUCGAGACCAGAGCCCUCUUCCAUGCCCUCAGCCAGCACUGACGGGACCUCUGUGUCCUCUGGCUCGGCUCCAGGGGACACUGGGGCCCCCGAGUUGCACAGGAACCCAGGCGUGGUGGUGGCUGUGUGUCUGCUGGUGUCCGUCUUGCUCAUCGGGUCUGUGCUAAUGGCUGUGAGGCGUGGCCACCGUGGUGUGUCUGAGUUCUAGAAGCUGGAUGAGAUGUCCACGGAGACAGCGAGCCAAAGGUCCUCCUUUGCCCAUCACCCACCAGAGUGAUCUCCGUGGGGCCAAGGGAGAAGGGGGCUUGGACGGGGUAGAGCACCUGCGGAGGGGCUAGGCUUGCCAGAAUAAAGCCUUUGUGUUCCUCUGUGGCCUCCCGAGUCAUGGACUGCUGUGAC